AUGAAAUCAAAUCGUGAGGUGGAUGGUUGGCUCAUCAAAGCACUAGUCAAGGAACAAGAAGAAGAAGAAGAAGAAGAAAAUCUGUUUGCAUCAAGACCUAUGGUCAGAAAGAGUCUAAGAUGUGUAUUUAAGAUGCCUCAACCCUUUCAUCCGAAUAAAUGUAGCAGACAUGCUAACAGACAAAGUUUAGACUCAAAAAUUUACUUCAAAAACUCAUCAUGCAUAUUUUCAUCAAAACGAAAACUUUUCCCGUUUCAAGCUUGUGAUUUGAUGUUAUUGUGGUAUGCACAGCAGCAAACAGCCGAUGAACAAAAGUCAUAA